GGGUAAUAGCUCCAAGCUCGAGGUAAAACAUUUAGACUCAUUUUGUGGAACUUUUCAUGAGAAUCCAAAUCAAUGUAAAGCUAUAUCUUUCCUGAGAUUAUGGAGAAAAACCUUAUCUUUUUGAAAGAAAGUGAGAAUCCUGAAAUGUUUGACGAGUAUCCUGAGAUGUGGUUCAACAGUACAGGAAUUUCCCUUCAUCAGAAUGUCAGUGAUGAAAAUGUGACUGAAGGCAAGAACACAGGAGCGUCAUUAGAAACCAGGAUUUUAGGAUCCAUCAUUUGCGCUAUGAUUAUCGCCUUGACACUCUUGGGAAACGUGUUGGUGAUUUUGGUAGUCUUUAGGUUUAGGAGACUUCGUUCAGUCACAAACUUGCUUUUGGCUAGUCUUGCAACAGCAGAUAUUACGGUGGCGCUGCUGGUCAUGCCUUUGCUGGUAAUUUACGACUUUGAAAGAAGAUGGCGGUUCGGACCUAUAGCCUGCCAUUUCUGGAUCUCAUGUGAUGUCAUGUGCUGCACUGCUUCCAUUCUCCAUCUAUUUAUCAUAGCCCUCGAUCGGUUCUGGGCUAUCACCAAACCUCUGAGGUAUCGCUCGAGGGUGUCCAAAAAACGUGUCAUGGUGGCCAUCGGGGUCAUCUGGCUAUGCAGUGGCGCCAUUUCGUUCAUUCCAAUCUUCAUGGGCUGGUACAGUGAUGACCCAGUUUCCAUUUUUGUCAACAGUGAUGAAUGUUCUCUGGAAGUUAACCGGGUAUAUGCCGUCGUUUCCUCCGUGACGUCAUUCUAUCUUCCGCUUCCGGUAAUGUUUUAUGUUUAUUUCCGUAUUCUUUUAAUCGCUGAGCGGCAGGCUAGAGAAAUUAGACAAUUAGAGGUGUCAUUAGAAGGAGCCGAUCAACAUGUAAAACAAAGUCUUCGAUGUCGGUCUCGACAACUAAUCACUGAUACAAAAGCUAUACGAACUUUAGGUAUAGUGAUGGGCGUUUUCUGUGUUUGUUGGCUUCCUUUCUUUCUCAUGUAUGUCAUCCUUGCUUUUUGUAAACAUUGUCAUCUGGAGUACGAAUGGCGCAGCGCCAUCACGUGGCUCGGAUACUUCAAUUCUUCCUUCAAUCCCUGUAUUUAUGCUUUUUUGAACAAGGAAUUUAAAUCAGCAUUCCGACGGGUAUUAGGAUGGAGAAACAGAGAGGAUUCUGAAGUGACAUUUCUUGACGUUAUUAGUUCUACAAAUCGCGGUGCUCAGCGCCCCCAUUCGAACACCAUGAAUAUCACUGACGGUCAGAAGAGACCAGCUGACUUGUUCACAGACGAAACCCAUCUAAGGGAUUCCCACAUGAUUCUGGAGAUAACAAGCACCGGUUCACAAACGCCAUAUCUUCGUAAAGACUGGAGAUUCGCAACUGAAGCAGAUCAUUUCAAAGACAAUCUCUCAGUUCCACGUGUUAAGCAAUCAGAUUUAUGCAAGAUCUCCAGCUCAGCAGAAAACGGAUGA